AUGGAUCGGAGUUGGAUGUAUAAGAAACGUAAUACACUUGAAUAUGUCAAUGGGGUUCUAAACUUUGUACAAAUUGCCGAGGAAUAUGCAAGUAAAAUUGGUGAAAAAUAUAUAGUGUGUCCUUGUGAUUGUAGAAAUCUAAAAAAGUUUCGUGGGAUUGACGAAAUUAAGAGUCAUUUGAUACGUCGUGGUUUUAAAGAAGGAUAUGACCCGUGGAUAUGGCAUGGUGAGAAUGUACCUUUUAGUAUAGAUGAUGUCGAAUUAGAUGUAGAGAAAGAUAAACGUAAAGAAGAUAUUGUUAGAACUGAUGAAGACAAUGACCGGCUAGAUGAAUUGAUGCGUGAUAUGCAAGGGGAUUUGAAUGAACUGCCUCAAGAGUUUGAAACUUUUUUUGAAAAUUCUGGAAAACCUUUGUUUUCUGGAUGUAGUAAAUUUACAAAGUUAUCAUCAAUGCUUAAAUUGUAUAACUUAAAAGCAAAGAAUAGGUGGAGUGAUAAGAGUUUCAUGGAGUUAUUGAAACUUUUAAAGGACAUGCUUCCUGAUGAUAACGAACUCCCUUGUUCAACUUAUGAGGCAAAGAAAAUGUUAUGUCCGUUGAGUAUGGACAUUGAAAGGAUCCAUGCAUGUCCAAACGAUUGUAUUUUGUAUUGGAAACAAUACAAAGACUUGCAUGUGUGUCCGAAGUGUGGAGCAUCGCGUUAUAAACGGAAAGGAUACGAUGAUGCAUGUGAGAAGAAGAAAGGUGCUCCUGCGAAGGUGUUGUGGUAUCUACCGGUGAUUCCAAGGUUCAAGCGUUUGUUUGCAAAUCUAAAUGAUGCAAACAAUUUGCAAUGGCAUGCUGUUGGUAGAAAAGAAGAUGGAAAGUUGAGACAUCCCGCCGAUUCUCCUCAAUGGAAGAACAUUAAUAUGAAGUUUCCUGAAUUCGGUUCCGAAAAUCGAAAUCUUAGGCUUGGACUAUGCACAGAUGGAAUGAAUCCUCAUGGUAACAUGAGCAGUCGCCAUAGCACUUGGCCGGUUCUUUUAACAGUUUACAAUCUUCCUCCUUGGUUAUGCAUGAAGCGUAAAUAUAUCAUGUUAUCUUUGUUAAUAUCUGGGCCUAAACAACCAGGAAACGACAUAGAUGUGUACUUGACACCGCUUAUUGAAGAUUUAAAGAUACUGUGGAAUGAAGGUGUGGCGGUGUUUGAUGCUCAUAGCCAAACCAACUUCACCUUGCGAGCCAUGCUGUUCUGCACAAUCAAUGACUUCCCAGCAUAUUGUAACUUGUCAAGAUAUACUACUAAAGGGGCUAAGGCAUGCCCUAUUUGUGAAGAUGAAACAGAUGAUCUUUGGCUAAACAAUAGUAAGAAAAAUGUGUUCAUGAGUCAUCGAACGUUUCUGCCUAUUGACCAUCCUUAUAGGAAGAAGAAAAAAGUUUUUAAUGGAAAAUCUAAGACUAGAGUGGCUCGCUCACCAUUAUCAGGGGAUGUCGUUUAUGAAAGAGUCAAAAACAUUGAUAUUGUGUUUGGAAAAACUUCAAAAACAAGUCAGAAGGGUAUUUGGAAAAAGAGGUCUAUAUUCUGGGAGUUACCAUAUUGGGAGCACUUAUCUGUUAGACAUUGUCUUGAUGUAAUGCAUGUAGAAAAGAAUAUUUGUGAUAACAUUAUCGGGACAUUGUUGAAUAUUCCAGGUAAGACGAAAGAUGGUAUAAAAGCUAGAAAAGAUAUGGUUGAAAUGGGGAUAAGGGAUCAGUUAGCACCACAAGACUCGGGAAAGAGGGCAUACUUACCUCCAGCUUGUUAUACUCUGUCUAAAAAGGAGAAAACAAGUUUUUGUAGCUGUCUGAAUGUGUCUAAAAAGGAGAAAACAAGUUUUUGUAGCUGUCUGAAUGGUAUUAAAAAGGAGAAAACAAGUUUUUGUAGCUGUCUGAAUGGUAUUAAGGUUCCUUCCGGCUAUUCAUCUAAUAUUAAAAAACUUGUUUCAAUGAAGGACUUUAAAUUGGUUGGUAUGAAAUCUCAUGAUUGCCAUGUGUUAAUGCAACAUAUGUUACAUGUUGCUAUUAUAGGCAUAUUACCAAACCAUGUUAGACAAACAAUUACCAAGCUUUGUUACUUUUUCAAUGCCAUUAGUAGUAAAGUUGUUGAUCCAGAUGUGUUAGAUUCGUUGCAAGCUGAUGUCAUAGUAACUUUAUGCCAAUUUGAAAUGUAUUUCCCUCCAUCAUUUUUUGAUGUUAUGGUGCAUUUAACAGUUCACUUGGUGUGGGAAAUUAAAAUGUGUGGUCCUGUAUUUUUAAGGUAUAUGUAUCCAUUUGAGAGAUACAUGGGAAUUUUGAAAGGAUAUGUGAGAAAUCGAUACCGGCCAGAAGGGAGUAUAAUUGAAGCUUAUGGCGCUGAAGAAGUCAUUGAUUUUUGUACUGAUUAUUUGUCUAAUGUUGAGUCGAUUGGUGUUUCUAAAUCACGUCAUGAAGGAAGACUCACAGGAAAAGGUACCAUUGGGUAUAAAGCUAUUCUACCAAAUGCAAAAAUGCGAAAUCAGGCUCAUCAUCUCGUACUAUAG